UCCAAUUCUUGUUUUUUUAGAUUGAAGGAACCUAAUCUCAACAUGAUGACCGCAGUAUAGUGUGUCAUCAUGACGACUCUUGAUGAUAAGCUUCUUGGGGAAAAGCUGCAGUAUUACUACAGCAGCAGUGAGGGUGAAGAGAGCGACCAUGAGGAAGAAGAGAACGCAUCUAAAACCAUCCGCGACCAGGAGGUGCUGGAUGUGGAACUCAACUACAGUGCAGAUGGCAGUUCGGUCAACACUGGGCCGAAGGGAGUGAUCAAUGACUGGCGUAAAUACAAGCAGCUGGAGAACGAGCAGCGCGUGGAGCAGCAGAAAGAGAUGGAGCGACUCAUCAAGAAACUCAGCAUGACCUGCAAGUCACACCAAGAGGAAGAAGCCGACAGACAGAAACAGAAAGAGCUGCAGGAUAAGAUCGCAGGCAAAAUGAACCUCCGUGUGGAUGAAGAAGAGGAGGAUGAUGACGAUGAUGAUGAUGAAGCCUUCCUCCAGCAGUAUCGUCUGCAGCGCAUGGAGGAGAUGCGGCGACAGCUUUGUGGAGGGCGGUGCUUCGAAAAGGUGAUUGACAUCUCUUCAGGGGAGGAGUUCCUGCAUGCCAUUGACGAGGAGGGCAAGAACACUCUGGUGCUGGUCCACAUCUAUGAGCCAGAGGUGCCCGCCUGCCAGGCCAUGGAUGGAAGUCUGCUCUGCCUCGCACUGCAGUACCCAAUGGUGAAGUUCUGUCGUGUCCAGGGCUCUGCGGUCGGCACCAGCGCUCUUUUCCGCAGUUCGGCUUUGCCGGCUCUGCUGCUGUACCGCGGCGGUGAACUGGUGGGGAAUCUGGUGCGUGUCUCCGAUCAGCUCGGAGAUGAUUUCUACGCCACAGACGUUGAAGCUCUGCUGCAGGAAUACGGGCUUCUUCCAGAGAAAUACAUUCAGCCAAACACACACUCGUCUAUUCGCAAUGCCGCUGUCACUCACCCUAAUGAGUCAGACAGCGACCUGGAUAUAGACUAAAUGCGUAAUGUCUGUAUACAAACACAUAGAUCCAGAAGAAUAUACACUCUUGUAUAUGAUCACAUAGUGAUUGAGACCCAAUGCAGUGACCAAAAGCAUAAACAACGGAAAAAUGUGAGCUACACUACUGUCAAAA